AUGUUUAAUUAUUCAUCCUUAAGAAGAAAAACGACAUCCAACGACACAAACGAAGCCGUCGCGCUCGAAACUGACUCGAGGGGUCUGGUCCAGGACGACGGUGCCAGCCAUGUGCCCGCCACUUCGGGUGCGGCCACGCUGCUUCCGCGGCCGGUUGCCUCCUUGGUAUCGUUCGUGACCCAGUCGACGUCGCUUUCCCUUCGGCUAGGAACGUUUUUUGGAGGUGCCGCGCUGAGGGGGGCUCGAAGUACGACAUUGACGGGGCUCGAGCUCAGUCGGGCUAUGAUUGAAGGAAUUUUGACUAAGGCCGGAAGAGAUGUGGCUGUUAGGAGUGGCGGAGAACGUGGGAAGGCAGAGGCAGAGUCGCUGCUUGAGCGGAGUCUGGCUACUCUGCAUACAACGGUCACUUCAGCGUCGUUUUUCGCCGCGGCAACGUUUCGCCUUUCGUCGACGACCCUAUCAUCCGUUGCGCAUAUGUCCCAGGCUCUAUUAUCUACCCUCGAUGCGAUACUUGGUUCAACGGAAUCAUCGAGAGCGAUAGCGGCUAUCAUAACAUUGAUCCGAAGAGAGUUUAGAGGAAAUGUGCCUGGUCCCAAUGCUGAAAGCAUUGGAGUGGGUGAUCUUCUCGUUGGCUCUGUUGGAUUCGCCCUGUUACAAAGCUGGGGGAGGAAGAACACUGAACGAUGCAUACGUGAUAAUGGCGGAGAUGAGACGGUGUGGGACAUAGUCAUCUUGGAUAACGGCAUGAGAGCAGAUGUCGUCCACACAAAUCAAAUUGAAUUCCCCCGUCCUUCCAGUGGUGGCACGGAAGCAGAGUCCAGGCGUUCCUCAUUUAUAACUCCCGAUAAUGACGAUUGGUCGUUCGAUGCCGUGCAGCAUCGCUCGAGCAUGAUCGAUGGCUUUGAUAGCCCUCAUCCGUCUCUUUCGCCAGAAGACCAGCACCAGGUUUCUGAAGAAGACAUUCGGCUAUACAUCAUGAAGCAGCUACCUCGUGGCUGUCACGCCUCCAUCAGGACCGAUCUAGUCACGGCACGAACCAUCACAGUGGAUGUCUUUGAUGACAACAAUGCAGAAAUCAGCCCACCACCUGGGACAACGAUCGUUGAGGAGAGGUUCUGUGACAAUCAGGAUACUGAUGGUUCAGUUCCUGUUGGUCCGGCCCAGCGUCUUCCUAAACACACUGUUGUGUUCAGGACAGCCUUCAAUCAGUCGCAAAGUGCCGAUGUGAGACCUAACACAGGCGAUGUGCAUGCUGAAUCGCUAGAGCAACCGUUAAUUGACACUUCUACGCGCCAAUAUGGCAGCUCCAGCCAAGGUCAAUUGGAUGCGCAUGGUAACUCUGCUGCUGCAGGGAAGGCCUCCAAACUUCUCGCUCCCAAACAACACCAAAAAAACUUGAACAAUCCAUCUCAAAGCAGUCCGGAUGCAGCAUCCAAGGACACUUUCGGAGGCUCAUUAACAAGGCUUGCUCAGAAAAUGAGACCUGCCACUAUUGAUAACAGUGAUGACACCAAGCAACAGUUUCUGAAACCGCCAUUUGAGAAGACUGCGCGCUCAUCCGAGACCCAGCCUAGAAAGGCUUCUAAGUCAAGUUCCAACCAAAGGAAGUCAUCACUUAAUAAAGAGGCUUCGUCCGCUGCAAACAGGAGCACACCCAGGUCGCAUUUGCACCAUUCACCUGGAAAGAAAUCUGCCUCUUCUCCAGGGUCACGGCAGGUCAACCGCGGCAGAAGUGCAAGAAACGAUCAAUAUUCAGUUCGCGAAAAAAACCAGGAGUCAUUUAUGGCACAGACAGAUGCCUAUUCCGCACGGCCUGCGGAUAGGCGCCCCGGGUCGGCCGCAGGCAUGAGAAACCAUGCGCGCAGCAGCAGUUCCUUGUCUUUGACAAGAUCUGAAACAGAUAUGACCGUGUCUGUCAACAAUGAUGGCCGCCCUAGCUCAUCUUCUCUUCAUCAUCGGCCCAAGACAUUUACACCUAGCAUCUAUUCUCUAGCGACAGCGGGCUCAGAGACAUCGCUCAUACUUGCCCACCGUUCUAGAAGAAGUGCAUACGAUGACACGGAAACAGUCCAAGUACUCAGUCGUGAUGGCAUGGUCCCUGGCAUUUUCCCUGAAAGCCAUUUUGUGUCCAACAUUCGCCGUUUUUCACGAUUCUCCUCCGCAUCGUACGGAUCAAGUGCUCUCAAGGUAAUGGGAGUCCGCAAAAACACCAAAGCGCUUCCACCUCCUUCAGGCUCGGAUAGCCGAGAGCAUAGUGAUUUCUCAGACCAUGCAGGGCUACCACCAUCAACAAUCCUUCUUUCAUCCUUUGUUGACCCGGAAGGUGGUUCUAAUGCAGCAGGUGAAACAGAAACUGGUUUUCCACUUGUGCACUUUCUUUGCGUGGACCAUGAAUCAAAGGCUAUUGUACUUACACUUCGAGGAACAUGGGGGUUUGAGGAUAUCCUGACUGAUAUGACUUGUGACUAUGAUGACCUCUUGUGGCAGGGAAGAACCUGGAAGGUCCACAAGGGCAUGCACGCGUCUGCUAGACGUCUCCUGGAAGGAGGAGGCGGGCGAGUCAUGAACACCAUCAAGGCUGCUCUGGAGGAGUUCCCGGACUAUGGGGUGGUGAUGUGCGGGCAUUCAUUGGGCGGUGGUGUCGCCGCCCUUCUCGCAACGAUGAUAUCCGAACCUGUUAAUGAAACGGCUGAACCGGCAUUCGUGACCGCGUCUUACCAUUCUGUUAUGCGGCGUAUGCUUCCAUCCAGAAACGGCGCAUAUAAUGUACAGCCAUAUUAUUUCCUCCCUCCUGGACGUCCCAUCCACGUUUAUGCAUACGGGCCUCCUGCUGUCAUGUCUCCCUUUUUACGCCGUGCAACUCGCGGUUUGAUCACCACGAUUGUCAAUGGACAAGACGUCGUCCCGAGCCUUUCUCUCGGUAUCCUGCACGACAUGCACGCCGUCUCCCUGGCAUUCAAAAGCGACACAUCCGGCACGAAGUCUAACGUGCGAUAUCGAGUCUGGGAAAGUUUAAGACAGAGCAUCGUGAACAAAUUCUACGUCAACGAAGCUCCCAUGCUUGUUCACGCCGGUGACGGUGUUGGAGAAGAUGCCUGGGCAUGGCAAACCCUCAAAGGCCUCCGCGAAGAAAUGUGCGCUCUUAAACUCAUGCCUCCUGGAGAGGUGUUCGUCGUGGAGACAAUGCGGGUUCUCCAGCGGGACGCUUUUACGCCAAACUUGGCUGACGAUGGCUCACCGCGACUUGGACGGCCAGCAACACGGGUGCAAUUGAAGUUCAUCCGAGAUGUCGAGACCUUGUUUGGGGAGCUGAGAUUUGGCUCUGGGAUGCUGAGCGAUCACAAUCCGGCAAGAUAUGAGGCUAGUCUUGCUGCUCUUACGCGGGGUAUUUUGGAUGGAUAA